AUGACCUACAUGUCACCCAAACAACCCACAUGCUCUCGAUUUUACAUUCUACCCAAAAUUCACAAGGACCGCAACAACCCCCCUGGUAGACCCAUAGUCUCAGCUAAUGGCCACCAUACAGAACACAUAUCAGAAUACGUCAGCGACAUCCUUAACCCACUGGUUCCCAAACUUCCAUCCUGCAUCAAAGACACCACACACUUCCUCAACAAACUAUGCUCCAUUUCUGCUAUCCCCAAUGACUUUCUCCUUGUUACCCUCGAUGUAUCAUCCCUUUACACCAACAUUCCUCACACAGAAGGCAUCAAAGCUGCCAGGGGACACCUCAACAAACGCACAUUGAAAACUCCCCCAACAGAAACUGUUUGCGACCUUAUCGACAUUAUUUUGACAAACAACAAUUUUGAGUUUAACAGACAACACUUUCUACAGAAACAGGGCACAGCAAUGGGAACAAGGAUUGCACCACCCUAUGCAAACCUUUUCAUGGGGACCUUUGAGUCUGAUGAUCUGGACAAAUCUCUUGUAUGGUGGCUUUUCAUCGUCGGUAUUUUCAUGAUUUGGACACACGGACAAGACAAACUCACAGACUUUAUCAAUGCACUCAACAGUACCCAUCCCACUAUUAAAUUCACCAGCGAACAAUCCAAACAAUCCAUACAUUUACUUGACGUCACAAUUUCUAUCAAUAAAAACAACACCCUCUUCACAGAUCUCUAUGUCAAACCCACAGACACACACCAGUAUCUCCUCAGCACCUCCGCACACCCCAAACACACAAAACAGUCAAUCCCAUACAGUUUUGCCCUACGACUACGACGUAUAUGCUCGGAAGACGAAACCUACAAAUUCCAAACAAAACAACUAUUACAAUACUUGACAAAACGAGGUUACAAAAGAAAACAGACACGCAAACAAAUGCGGAAGGCUUCUAGAAAAACCAGACAAGACUGCCUGAAACCCACAAAACAACGUAAAAAUGACAGAACGCCAUUUGUUGUCACCUAUCACCCCUCUUUGCCACAGCUAUCUACCAUCCUCAAACAAAACAUCAACAUAUCACAGAACUACAAAACAUGCAAAGAAGUCUUCUCCGACGUACUCAUACUCAGCUACCGUAGACCUAAAAACCUCCGGAAUAUAUUGGUUCGUGCAAGAAUAAAAAGUGACACACCCAGUAAUCUCAGAGGCACUCACAAAUGUCACUCGCGACGUAACUGCAUAACAUGCCAACGCAUCACAGACAGUACUACUUCUUUUAACUUUACUAACACUGACAGCAACUACGACAUAAAAAAAAGACUGGACUGCAACUCUAAUAACGUUCUUUACGCAUUACAGUGCAAAUGCUGUUUAACUAACGGACACAAGAACUGCCAAUACAUCGGACAAACAAGCAGACGACUGAAAGACAGAUUUAACGAACACAGACGAGACAUUAUCAACAAAAAAGUAGACAAAUCUGGUGUUGCAGAAGACUUCUGUAGCCCAGAACAUACCAUCAAUGACCUUACUGUAACACCAUUACUGAAACUCAAUGACAAACUAGAGAGUGUCCGACGAGCCAAAGAGCAAUACCUCAUUGGCCUAGCAAACACUCUCACAUCUAACGGCAUGAACAGAACCACUGACCGUUAA